AUGCGGGUCGGUCCCGUGCGCUCUGCUAUGAGCGGCGUCUCGCAGCCCCGCGCUCCGGCCUUGCUGCUGCCGGUCGGCCGGGGUGUCCCGGCCAAACGCCUGCUGGACGCGGACGACGCGGCGGCCGUGGCGGCCAAGUGCCCACGUCUCUCCGAGUGCUCUAGCCCCCCGGACUACCUCAGCCCCCCUGGCUCUCCCUGCAGCCCGCAGCCUCCGCCCGCCGCUCCGGGGGCUGGCGGCGGCCCCGGGAGCGCGCCGGGGCCCAGCCGCAUCGCCGACUACCUGCUGCUGCCCCUGGCCGAGCGCGAGCAUGUGUCCCGGGCGCUGUGCCUCCACACCGGCCGCGAGCUGCGCUGCAAGGUGUUUCCCAUUAAACACUACCAGGACAGAAUCCGGCCUUACAUCCAGCUGCCCUCACACAGGAACAUCACUGGCAUUGUGGAAGUGAUCCUUGGGGAAACCAAAGCCUAUGUCUUCUUUGAGAGGGACUUUGGGGACAUGCACUCCUACGUGCGUAGCCGGAAGAGGCUGCGGGAAGAGGAGGCUGCCCGGCUCUUCAAGCAGAUCGUCUCUGCCGUUGCCCACUGCCACCAGUCAGCCAUCGUGCUGGGGGACCUAAAGCUUAGGAAGUUUGUCUUCUCCACGGAGGAGAGAACCCAGCUCAGACUGGAAAGUCUAGAAGAUACACACAUAAUUAAGGGAGAAGAUGAUGCUUUGUCAGACAAACACGGCUGCCCAGCCUACGUGAGCCCCGAGAUUCUCAACACCACAGGGACCUACUCCGGAAAGGCGGCGGACGUUUGGAGCCUCGGGGUGAUGCUCUACACCCUUUUGGUGGGACGCUACCCCUUCCAUGACUCAGACCCCAGUGCCCUUUUCUCCAAAAUCCGACGUGGACAGUUCUGCAUUCCUGACCACAUUUCCCCCAAAGCCAGGUGCCUCAUUCGCAGCCUCCUGAGACGGGAGCCUUCAGAAAGACUCACUGCUCCAGAGAUCUUACUCCAUCCCUGGUUCGAGUCUGUCUUGGAGCCUGGGUAUGUCGACUCAGAAGUAGGAACUUCCGACCAGAUUGUUCCAGAGUACCAGGAGGACAGUGACAUCAGUUCCUUCUUCUGCUAA